GUAUUGUGUUUGCUGCGGCCCGUCGAUCUCACCUGAGUUUCGGGUUACACUUCCAUACCUCUCUGCACGAGGAAAUGGAGGACGCACCUGCCUGAGAAAAACACGGCUGCAUUAUCGACACCUACUCGGACUUUCUCUACCUACUUUUGGGGAAUUUAAUGCUGGGUGUUUUUAAAACUCCUAUGUUUUAAAAGAUCUUGAGAAAAUAUGUGGCAGGGUGUCAUCUUUACCCUCUUCUUUUUCACAGGCUUCACCACAGCCGUCAAUGUGAUCUGCAGUAAGUCACGCUACGUGGUCAUAUUAUUCCAGCCCGUCACACUCCACUGUGAUUACACUACCAGCGAUACAUCUGCUCCACUGAUCACCUGGAGGUACAAGUCCUACUGCAGAGACCCGAUCCAAGCUGCUCUAAACCCCAGCAGUGCUGACAAUGCCAUCGCCAAUGCCAACCCAAACUACAACCCCAACAUAGAGUGUGCAGACAGUGCCAGGACCGUUCGCACAGUGGCUUCGAAACAAACAGCGGUCACGCUUGCGAAAGAGUACCAGGGCCGUCAGGUCAGCAUCACCAAUAAAGCAGAUCUUAACAUUGCUCAGACUGCUUGGGGAGACAGCGGUGUGUAUCUCUGUUCAGUCUCCUCAGCCGUGGACCUUUCAGGGAAUGGCGAGUGUUUUACAGAGCUCAUUGUACUUGAGAGAAAGUCAAAUACUACAGACCUGCUGCCUGGCAUUGAUUUACUGAUCAUGGAAGACUGGUUGUUAGUGGUGUUGGUGGUCCUGGGCUUCUUGUUGCUGUUGCUCCUGAUUGGUAUCUGCUGGUGUCAGUGUUGCCCUCACACCUGCUGCUGUUACGUCAGGUGCCCCUGCUGCCCGGAGCGCUGCUGCUGUCCUCGAGCCUUAUAUGAGGCCGGUAAAAUGGCAAAGUCUGGUGUCCCCAGUCAGUAUGCACCCACCCUCUAUGCCCCAAGUAUGUACGGACAGCCAGCUUAUGGAGCAGCACCAGGCAUACCCAUGCUCCCUAUGCCGAUGGGCGUCGCUGGUCCUCCCUCCAAUGGCUACGGCAGAGACUACGACGGGGCCAGCUCAGUUGGCCAAGGAUCUCAAGUGCCGUUGUUGCAAGACCACGAUGGUGGAGGAACCCGUAGUGGAUACCGUGUUCAGGCUGACCACGAUGGAAACCCAACACGGGUGCUGUACUACAUGGAGCGUGAACUGGCCAACCUCGACCCCAGUCGCCCAGGGAACACUCCAGGCAAAUACAGUCGUCUGGAUGGUAUGAGCGAGGUGAGCUCACUUCACGACGGUCCAGACUCUCGAAAUCGCGGUCGGGCCAGACCACCUCAGCUUACCACGGUGUACGAUGAUGUGGACGAGAAUAUGAGCACCAUCAGCAGCGUCUCUCAGCACGUCCGACGGGACGAGCACAGGCGUGGAGCUGACAAUCGAGGACGCGCACGCUCCAUGGAACACUUAGACGAUGUUGGCCGCAAUUACAGAGACCGUGAUGACUAUCUUCCCACUCGCCGAGACGGUGGGGCCAGGGGCGGCAGAAGAGGUUCGGAUGACGAAUGGAGUAGCAGCGGACGAGGAAACGACCGCGCCUUUGAUGACCGCCGACCCCGUAAUUACUCUCCUGAUAGUCGUCCUCGUCGUGGAGACUCCUUCCGUGGGCCUGGUUUUCAGGGCCGCCGCGCCCUUAGUCGUGAUGACCUGAUGGAUCUGGAGCGUGAUCGUGGCCGCGGAGGCCGGGACGCGUACGAUGACAGCUUCCUGAGGGAGGCCAUGGAAAAGAAGAAGUUAGGCGAACAGCAGAGAGGCCGCAGCCGCGAGAGGCUCGACAGCGAGAGCGACCGUUCUGACCGCUACAGGGGGCCGCGUGGGGGACCGCCACCUCUGCCGCUCGCCCCACCCUCUGGAAACCCUGAUCGCCGUGGCAACCAUAGCAACUUCCCACCUCUGCCCCCUCCCUACACUGACGACAGUGACAGUUUAGCAUCAUCCAAAAAGAGCAACUUAAAAAAGAAUGGAGCUGUGAGCAGAGAGAGUCUGGUGGUGUGACACAGCAGUGUGUAUGUCUCUGAAGCAGCUGUGUGUGUUUCCUCUGCUUUUUCACAACACUUGUGUGUGUGUUUUUGAGUUUUAUGUUGAUUGCUAAGAAGAAUUUUUGUUGAUAUUCAAACGUCUUGUAUUUUUAUGGGAUAUUUUUAAUGAUAAUAACUGUAUAGCCAUAUAGUUUCGAUUAUUUCACUGUUAUGUAGGCUUGUUUAUGAACAUGAAAUAGCAGAUUAUAAGCAUUUUUUAUGAUUUGUUUCCUGCCAUGAACAUUUUUUUGAAAACUGGCAUCAGCAGUUAUUUUUAAUUGUGCAUAUGUCUGUCUCUGUAUAUGAAUGCGUUUUUAAUAGAUGUUCAUUUGUGAAAUGGAAAAAAAGAUGAACAUUUGAGCCUUUUAGGUUUUCAGGUGUGGAUUUUUAGUCAUUGUAAUGUAACAAAGAAAUGAUCUUUGUAUGGACUGAAAUUCUCUUAUUGUGUUUGAGGCAUCAUGCAGUUUCUGCAAGUGGGUGAUUAUAUAAUGCAUUUUUUUUUUUUUUUUUUUUUAAACAAACAUUAUGCACAUUUACAAAUGCAAGAACUAUGAAAUACCCCUGAAUGUGCUUUUUUUUCUCUUUUUUUUUUUUUAAAUGUGUUUUUAUUUUAUACAUAUGUUUAAUACUUACUCUAAUCUGAGGUUUGGUCAUACAUUCGUUUGUCAUUUUGCUAUUUUUGUACAGUUCUGGAAUGUCAAUUUUCAAUAAAGCUUUUCUAUUGUA